AUGCAAAGAUGUCAACAACACAAGAGAGAGGAAUUCCCUAAAGCUAUCCUAUCUCCAUUUCCUCUUUAUUCAACUGAACGAACAAGUCGAUUAACUGAACAGAAACCAUACCGUCAUAAUGUAGCCGAUAGUGUAACUAGUUUGAUCAAUACUACUACAAGUGUAUCAUCAUCACCGUCGUCAUCAUACUCUACAAAUAAUAAUAAUAAUGAUAAUAGAUUCGAUCCAAGAACCAAGAGAACAUCAUUCUCAAACGAUAUGGCAAAGGAUCAACAACAAAUGCAAAAAGAAAUACAACAGAAUCAACAACCACCAAGAACCUUCUCAUUCAACAACAACAACAACUCUGCUGGUGCAUUCAAUAAAUUAAAGUUUAAUGUUCCUCAACAAGGUCAAGGUCAAGGUCAAGGACAACAAGGUCAAGGUCAAGAAGGUCAAGGAUUGCCAAGACCAGCUAAAUUCGAAUUCAAGCCACCACCAUUCCAACAAGGAGCCAACAAGCAAUUCCAACCAAGACCACAAAGUUUAGAUCGACCAGAACCAAGUGGAUACAAAAACCCAUCAGAGAGAGGUGAAUACAAACCAAGAGGAGAGUAUGUACCACGAGAACAAAGAGGAGAAUAUGUACCAAGAGAACCAAGAGGAGAGUAUGUACCAAGAGAACAAAGAGGUGACUACAAACCAAGAGGAGAGUAUGUCCCAAGAGAACAAGGUGGUGACUACAAACCAAGAGGAGAAUACAAACCAAGAGAACAAGGUGGUGAUUACAAACCAAGAGGAGAGUUUGUACCAAGAGAACAAAGAGGUGGUGAUUACAAACCAAGAGGACAAUAUCAACAAGGAGGAGAUGUUGAUCAACCAAGAGGUCAAAGAUAUGAUAGAGGUGCCAAUUAUCAAAAUAAUCAACAACAACAAGGACAAGGACAAAGAUAUGAUAGAGGAGCUCAACAAGGUCAAUCACCAUUUAAUCCAAGAGGAGGUCAAAAACAAAAAGGAGUAGGAAUGGAAAUGGAUGAGGAUGAAGAUAUCGAUAUGAUGGAUGAAGAAGAAGACAUGGAAGCUGAAAAGUACUUGGAUGAUGACCCCAAACCAACCAACGAAGAGGCUGAAGAACGUCACGAUGACUAUCCAGAAAUAGAGGAAGAUGAUAGAGAAAUUGGAGAAGAGAUGGAUGGUCCAUCAGAAGAACUUGACCCAGCUGCCAUUGAAGCAGAACUCUUGGCAAAGGCAAACAAGCGAAAACAAUACAAUCAAAAGGAACCAAAGAGAAAGAGAGGUGGUUACAAGGCUAUUCAAAGAUUCACUCGUGAUGGUCAACUCGAAGAAGACCAAGAAUUCAAGAAAAAGGAUGGUCUCUCUGGACAAGACAAUCAAGACCCCUACGAAAAGAAACAAAAGAGUUUUGAAAGUAUUAGAGAGGUCAAUGACCAGGAUGAAGAUUCAUACCAACCAAAACGUGGACAAUCUCGUAGAAUGCAAGAAAUUGAAAAGAGACUUCAAGAAAUUGAGGCUAGAAAGAACAGAGACUAUGAUGAAGACGAUUAUAUCGACGAGGAGGAUAGAGAUGACGAAUCACUUGAAAAGGUAGAGGAUGUAACAGACGAGCAAAUCACAGCCUUUCUCAUGAGAGAAUUCUCUGCUCCAGAACCAGAGGAAGAUUUUGAAGUGCGUGAUGACGAUGAAGACGUUAAAAUGGAUGUUUCAUUGCCAGGUGAUCUAUCUAUUCUCAACAAGUAUGAAAGAGAGUUUGUCAUCAAGAGACAAAGAGAAUUGGAUAUUGUCUACAAGACAAACAUCAUUAUGCAACAAUUGGGCGUCCAACGUCGUCCAACCAACAAGGAAAUCAUUGCCUUUAAGAAUGUUCGUCUUAUUGAUAAGGAUGGUGAACAAAUUGGUUUCUAUACUGGUCGUCAAGCAUAUCAACGUGCUAUGGAUGAAAAAUUGGAUGCUCUCUUGGUGGCUGAAGGUACCGAAGAAUUACCACCCGUCAUUCGUUUGGUUAAAAUGGAAGAAUUAAUUCGUCGUUAUGAAGAAUUAUUAGCUAAAAAGAAAAAGAGAGAAGCUAUAAAAGAAAAAACUCUCUUUAUUUCACCAGGAAUUCAUGAAAUGGAUAGAAAAAUGAAAGUAGCACAAUUGAAAAGAUUUUUAACAACUGGAUAUAGAGUUACAUUGUAUUUGGUAUUCCCUUCAGCCGAAUCAUUUGAUCAAGAGGUAGGAGAAGCCGUCAUGAAAAAGAUGAUGUAUCCUUUGAGAACCAUCGCCAAGUUGCAAGAAGCCUAUGUCAAGGAACACAAGAUUUUGGUUAGAAAAUUGUUGCCACUUUCAAAGGGUGAGCAAGAAGUUGUACGACGAAACUUGGGUCUUGCGCCAGGCGAAGAAGUCGAUAUGAACGAGGAGCAACAAGACGAAGAAAAUGAAACGGCUGCACAGAGAAGAAGAAGAAAGGCACUCGAGGAGCAACAAGACAAUGACGAGGACUAUGAACAAUAUUUGACCGAGGAUAUGGACCAAGCCGAAAAGGAAAACAUCAUUCAAGAAAAGAAAAAGGAAAAACAAUUCACUAGAGAGUUGUUCAAGGGACUCGAUGAAAAUGAAUCUAGAAUGAUGAAGGAACUCGUCCAGAAACAAAAAGAAAAAGAAGAAAAGGAAAAACAAAGAUUAUUAGAGUUGGAAAAGAAAAUGGAAGAAGAAAUCGAUGACGAUGAAGAUUUUGAUGAUGACGAUGAUGACGAAAUCGAUGAUGGUAGAGCUAAAAAGAAAGGUCACAAGAAACAAAAGGAAAAAUUAAAAAUAUUAAAAAUAAUUUAA